AACCAAGAAAGAGAAUCUCAUGUUCUACCAUGUUUCAGCCCCUACCUCUCGUUUGCUAAUCAAUGAGGAUGUGUUUAUGGAGCAGCGGUCCUGUGUGCACGUAGAGUCAUCCAUUAGAACAAACAGAUGCUGAACUUUGUCCUGCCGGGUGAGGGAUCUGAGUUUCUUCUCCUGCUGCUGACACUCCUUCUCGGACAUCAGAAUCUGUCAGAACCUGCUUUCAAACUAUCAGAACCAGUCAGAACCUCUACGAAGGAGCUAAGGAUGGCUGAGAGAAAGACACUAUUGGGAAAAAGUCAAGCUGAACCGGACUUCCUACACUUCAAUGAUCUUGCGUGUGAGGCAGUUGGAGGGAAGGUCAUUUUUGCCACAGAUGAGUGGUUCGCUCCAGCAAAGAACCUCCUGAAGAAGGAGCCACCGCAGUUCAAAGCAUCUGCUUUCACAGAUUUUGGAAAAUGGAUGGACGGAUGGGAGACGAGGAGGAAGAGAAUUCCUGGUCAUGAUUGGUGCAUAAUCCAGCUGGGAGUUCCUGGCUCUAUCUACGGCUUUGAUGUGGACACAUCUUUCUUCACAGGAAACCAUUCGCCCCACAUCUCCAUCCAAGGAGGCUGUCUGGAUCAGAUGCCCGCAUUUACUUUGGAUGGAGACCGGACUGGGAUGGCGGCGUCCAGCAGCGAGAUGGCAGCUGCUGCUAAGCUAGGCUCAGAGGCGUGGCCAGAGUUGGUGGGCGUGAGUCCGCUGCAGCCUGGAUACUCCGAUUGUUGCCACAAUUACUUCAGAACAGAUUUCAGGGGGAGGGUCACACACCUGCGGCUCAACAUGCUCCCAGAUGGAGGGAUUGCUCGCUUGAGGGUGUAUGGUGUUGGGCUCAGGGAUUGGUCAACUGUUUCCACCAAUCAGAAGGUAGACCUAGUGGCUCUGACCAAUGGAGGAAUGUGCCUUGGCUACAGUAACGCCCACUUUGGACAUCCACGCAACAUGAUUGGUUUGGGCCAGGCUGCCAAUAUGGCUGACGGAUGGGAAACAGCUCGCAGACUGGACCGACCCAAAGAGUUAAAGGUAAACGAGUGUGGGAUCCUGCAGGUGCCUGGUUAUGAGUGGGCCGUGUUUCGCCUGGGUCAUCCUGGGGUCAUAAGCAGCAUUGAAGUGGACACCACCCACUUCAAAGGUAACUUCCCAGACUCCUGCCGACUAGAGGCCUGUUUGCUGACCCAGGAAGAGGAGAGACAUUUGAUUAAGACCAGCUGGAAUUCAGUGAAGUGGGAGGAGCUUCUCCCCCCACAGAAGGCAUCAGUACAGUGCUGCAGACCUCAUCCAGAGCCGUCCCUUCACUCACAUCCGUCUCGUAAUCCGUCCAGACGGGGGGGUCAGUCGCCUGCGGCUUUGGGGUCGACCCACACAGCUGACUGUAGCUCCCUCCAACCUGAAAAGGCAGACAUCCAAACUGUGAGAAGAUACGGUUGUAGCUGCGUUUACAUGGGCAAAAGUAAUCGGAAAGAACGCCUGAUCGGAAGAAAAAAGCGUCAUGUAAACACGCCGAUCAGACUUGUUUGGGUCAAAAUUUCUUUCCGAUCGAGAUAGUUGAUCCAAUUGUUGUUCAUGUAAACAGUUCAUUCCGAUCGUGUGUCAUGCAUGGAUGGUGCUUCGCUCCAGAGAAGCUUUGAAACUCAGAUAGAACCGAUCCGCUGCUCUGCGGAGGCCCGGUGCAAAGCGCCGCUCCGCUCUCGCCCCGCUCUCGCCCCGCUCUCGCCCCGCUCUCGCCCCGCUCUCGCCCCGCUCUCGCCCCGCUCUCGCCCCGCUCUCGCCCUCGCCCCACUGGCUCUUCACCUCUCCCCUCUCUUACACCCCUCACUAGCGCUUCGUGCCCCAGGUCCGGGCUUGGGUGCCGGUGGACCGAGCAAACUGUGUCUCUGAGCAGAGCAGCAGGAUUUAUUCAUGUGUGUUUGAGGGGAGGGGAGGAUGCUUUGUUACGUGUGCGUUUUGUUGGUUUGUUAUGUGUGGGAGAAUUCGGACUGUGAUCCGUCAUGCCGCUCUGGGUCAGCGGCUGCUGGCUUCAGGAGAACCGUGUGUCCGAGCAGAGCUCGGACCGUCAGCUCACACAGCGGCUUUGGGGCGGUGUGUGAGCUUUUCACAGCAGAAAUGUCACUCAGACCUUAGAAAUCAUUCAAACAAUCAUGUAGAUUUGUGUUUCCAGUCGUGUCCCGACAAAAUAAAGGCUGAUGUUAUUCCCACAUGUUUACGUGCAGCCAAGAUGCAGAUUGCAGCAUUUCCUGCAUGGAUUUAUGUUCAUCCAACAAGGCUAACGUUGUUAGUGCGUGUUAGCCUCUCCUGAGAGCUUCGUUCUUCCAAAAAAAAA